UCUGCUCAUCAGCUGGUCAGUUGUCACUAGUUGUCAGUUUUUGGGUUAUGUUUUUAUGUUUUAUGUUGCUUUGUGAUUUUUAGUUUAUAUUCUAUUUUAUAAUUUUCAUCAAAGAAACAACAGAACUUUAUUGUACUGUUAAGUUACAAGUUUUUUUUUAAACUUUGAAUAGGGCCAGGCGAAGAAACGGGUUGAUUUGAUAAUUUUUUUCCAAAUAUGGUGUUGGAAAUUACCCAAGACACUUUUAAUAGUGCUGUAAAAGAAAAUGUUGAAAUUCUGGGGCUCACUGAAGAAGAAGCAGUGGAAGAGGCCGUUAAGCAGUUUGAAUCGCAGGGUGUUGAUUUGAGUAAAAUAAUAAAAGAAUCAAUGUCUAAAGCGGAGUUUAACGAAAUCAGCGAAUCUGUUAGGAAAUUAGAAGAGUUACAGAAUUCUAAAAAGGCUUCGGAUGCUUUAAAUGAAACAUUAACAACUUUAAGAUUAGAAUGUGAGAAAGGACUUCAGCAUAAAGUUGAAGCAGGGAAAAUUGGAGCUUAUAAUAUACUUUUGAAUAUCUGUGAAAAUAACACUGAUAAAAGUGUAGAAGCAAAUACUUUAAGAACAUUGACAGCCUUGAUGACCAAACAACCUGACUUGUUAGAUGAUAGAGGUGUUGCUUUCAUCAUAAACAGUCUAAAAGACAAGCAGCUGGACUAUGAGAUUGUAAGACUUCUUUUCAGAUGGACUAAGGAAUGUUGUGUGAUGCAUGAGAAAAAUAGGCAGCUUAUUUAUGAUGCCCAUAUUUUGGAUAUUCUUAAAGAAUAUUUGAAGGAGCAUGUUCCCACGGAAUUGAUUAGGGAAGCUUUGUCAGUGUGCAGAGCAUUGGUAUUAGAUGAUGAUGUAAGAGUUGAGUUUGGUAGAGCACAUGAACAUGCUAGAGUUAUUGCUAGUGAAACUCUUUGUUCUCUUAUGGAUUUAUUAAGCAAGUUUAGAGGUGAGGAACUGUUAAAUUUUGAUAUACUGUUAACUCUAACUUCUUUGAUGGUUAGAACAGAGUUUUGUAAGAAAGUUGAGGAUGCCAAUGGUCUAGAAUUGAUUAAAUCGGUUAUGCAUACAUAUAGUCAUAAUGAGAAAAUUGUCAGGCAGUGCUUUAAACUACUUAAAUCUUUAGCUGGUAAUGAUGAAUGUAAAGUUCAUAUAGUUCAGCAUGGUUUUGUUCCUGUGAUUAUUCAAAGUCUGACACCAACAACUUAUUGUGCUACUACAGUAACAGCUGGCUUGUCAUGUGUAGCAGCCCUAACGUUAAGAAGUCCAGAAAAUAGUAAAGCUUUAUUUGACCAUGGAAUUACACAAGUUAUUAUAAACAUAAUGAAACAGCAUGCUGAUCAAAAAGAAGUUCAAAAAACUGGAAGUUGGGCAAUAAGAAACAUGGUAUCAAGAAGCAAGUACCAAUGCAAGACUUUUCUGGAUUUAGGUGCUGAAGAGGUACUGCAAAAAGCUUUAAAGUCUUUUAAGAACAUUGAAUACGACAUUAAAGCUGCAUUACGCGACUUGGGCUGCAAGGUCAAGCUAAAAGAAGAAUGGACUGGUAAAGGGGGAGCCUUGACCACUGGUCUGACCAAUUUGAAUGUUGAUGACUGAAUUGCCAGCUUAGUCUAACAUAACUUAAUACAUUUUUAUAUACCCUAUGCAAGGAAAAAAGUUAUUUAAUAUAGUUUAAAAAAAUUAAAUUAACUGACGUAAAAAUAGAGCUUUAAUAUUUAAUACUUUUAUAUAAUUUAUCUAUUUCGCUUUUGUACCCAUUUUAUAUAAUAUAUUGACAAUGCAUUUCUAAUAAAAUAUAAAAA